GGGAUUGUGACACAUGCAGACGAGAUUCUGGCCUCAUGGAAAAGGGGUGAUUCUGCUGCAGCUGUUGCAGCAUGCAGAUCGAAUGAUUUCAGUUCGGCGGGCGGGGGAGCAUGCGCCUUGACCGGAACUCUGACGACGACGAAGGAGGGGGAGAGGUGGAGAGGAGGAGAGGAGGAGAGGAGGAACAAGAGAAGAAGAAGAAGAAGAAGAGGAGGAAGAAAAACUAGGAUUUUAUUUGCUGCGGAGGUGGAUGAUGAUGCAGUAAUCGAAUAUCCACAGUACCGGACACCUCGCCCGUCUGGAAGUAACCGAGGGUUUCGAGAUAAUCAGAAGAUGAGGCCAAAACUCAAGAGCGCUUAGAAACGAGAGGCAGGCGACGACACUUCCAGUGGCUGUUUCCAUGACGGGUCGACAUAAAUUCGCCUGCAGGCGGUGAUCACAAUCCAUGGCCCUCCAGCCCUACCUCGGGCCUCGUCCGUAUCACUGACACGCUCCAAUUCUCACCGACUCUCAGCUCACUACUUAACUCUAUCACCACCCCCGACGGAUCACUACUGAGAGCUGCUCUGAGUUCCGAUAGCGAGUCGUUGGAUUCUGCGGCUGAGAGAGAGAGAGAGAGAGAGAGAGAGAGAGAGAGGCUCUCACCGCCACUUCUUCCAGCCUUGCUCAGUCUGAACAGCCAGCACCCGAUCGAUCAGCCGCCGCUGAGAGCGAAUUGCCAUCGAGCUGUGUGUAUAUAUAAAUACCUCUCCGCAGUCAGUGCUAUAGAGCUCCUCUCCUUCACUUGCCACUCUCGAAAGCUCUUUCUCUACCAGCACUGGCUGGCUAUUGUUGUAUCUCCCGGUGGACGUGAUCUAAAUUUCAGGUCUCUUGGGGCAUACAAAACCUUCGUGUGACGGUCUGUUGCGUUUGGGCGUUUGGGAAAACAAACGCCCUCGCUACUCACUCUCUCUCUCUAUCUCUCUCUCUCUUCCUUCAUGGGACGGAUAUUUUUCUUCAAUUUGCAUUCAAUUUCAAUUCUUCAACGUCACUCGAUCUCUAGCUAGAUCACUCGGAUAGAAUCUGCCGCUCAUCUCCUUCCCCUCGGCCUGUCUAAGGAUCGCGCUCUACUCGAGAACGUUUCGAAAUUGUAGCUCCGAGGUGAUUGAAUUUAUCGGAGAGCUGUUGCAGAAGGCUGUACCAGGCCGAGCUAUAAAGUAUGGAGAAAUAAUAGAGCUUCCGCGCUAGGCUGCAUGUGAUUGACCCUUCGUGAACUGGUUCCGACGGCCGGACUCGUCGUCAUCGGUGGAUCUGAAUCUGAAUCUGCUCGAUUGAUCGAAGCUCAGGUUGGGAUCGAAUUCCGCGCUGCGUGCAGAUAUACUGUGUAUUCAGAUAUAGACGUACUUGGAGUACGCAUCCGGGGAAGCGGGAAGCAUCCCACAGCAUCGAGCUGAUCUGAUCUACCUCUCGUCUUGCGCGGUCACCAGACGAUUCCUGUCCCCGAGGUGGUUACUACGGUUCAGCCAGAGCAGGGGCGAGGGCAGAGAUGGAGCAGGAGCUGCACCCGAUGGAGGGGGACUCGAUGUCGGACCUGCAGGACGUGCGCAUGGAGGACGUGUUCGAGCGGCUGACGUGCUCGACGUCGGGGCUGAGCACGGAGGAGGCGGUGCGGCGCAUCGACAUCUUUGGCUACAACAAGCUGGAGGAGAAGCGCGAGAGCAAGGUGCUGAAGUUCCUGGGGUUCAUGUGGAACCCGCUGUCGUGGGUCAUGGAGUUCGCGGCCAUCAUGUCCGUGGUGUUCCUGCCGAUGAAGCCCGACUACUACGACCUGGGGGGCAUCAUCGGGCUGCUGGUCAUCAACUCGACCAUCAGCUUCAUCGAGGAGAAUAACGCCGGCAACGCGGCGGCCGCGCUCAUGGCGCGCCUGGCGCCAACCACCAAGGCACUGCGCGACGGCAAGUGGGCGGAGAUGGACGCGGCGCUGCUGGUGCCCGGGGACAUCAUCGCCAUCAAGCUGGGCGACAUCAUUCCAGCCGACGCGCGGCUGCUGGAGGGCGAUGCGCUGAAGAUCGACCAGUCAGCGCUGACGGGCGAGUCGCUGCCGGCCACCAAGGGGCCAGGCGACGGCGUGUACUCGGGCUCGACCUGCAAGCAGGGCGAGAUAGAGGCGGUGGUGAUCGCCACGGGCAUGAACAGCUUCUUCGGCAAGGCGGCGCAUCUGGUCGACAGCACCAACCAGGUCGGGCACUUCCAGAAGGUGCUGCAGUCGAUCGGCAACUUCUGCAUCUGCUCCAUCGCCUGCGGCAUGGUGGUGGAGAUCGUCGUCAUGUACGGCAUCCAGGGCCGCAGCUAUGCCGACGGGAUCCACAACCUGCUGGUGCUGCUGAUCGGCGGGAUUCCCAUCGCCAUGCCCACCGUGCUCUCGGUGACGAUGGCGAUCGGUGCGCACAACCUCUCGACGCAGGGCGCCAUCACCAAGCGCAUGACGGCCAUCGAGGAAAUGGCCGGCAUGGACAUCCUCUGCAGCGACAAGACCGGGACUCUGACGCUCAACAGGCUCACCGUCGACAAGAACCUGGUCGAGGUCUUCGAGCCCGGCAUGGACCGCGAGACCGUCAUCCUGUACGCGGCGCGCGCCUCGCGCACCGAGAACCAGGACGCCAUCGACGCGACGAUCGUCGGCUCGCUCGAGCAUCCGAGCCAGGCGCGCGCCGGCAUCCGCGAGCUGCAUUUCCUGCCCUUCAACCCGACCGACAAGCGCACGGCCAUCACCUACGAGGACCAGGGCGACGGCCUCUGGUGGCGCACCACCAAAGGCGCGCCCGAGCAGAUCCUGGCGCUGGCUUGCAACCGCGACGAAAUCAGCACGCGCGUCCACAGCGUCAUCGACAAGUUUGCCGAGCGCGGCCUGCGCUCGCUGGCCGUCGCGAUCCAGCCCGUGCCGGAGCGCAGCAAGGAGAGCGCCGGCGGGCCGUGGCGCUUCUGCGGCCUCAUGCCGCUCUUCGACCCGCCGCGACACGACAGCGCCGAGACGAUCCGCCGCGCCAUCAGCCUCGGCGUGAGCGUGAAGAUGAUUACCGGCGACCAGCUGGCCAUCGGAAAGGAGACCGGUCGCCGGCUGGGCAUGGGGACCAACAUGUACCCGUCGUCGGCGCUGCUGGACACUGCCGGCAAGGACGCCGGCGCCAACAAAACGGCGGCCGGGAUCGUGCAGGACGUGGACGACCUGAUCGAGAAGGCCGACGGGUUCGCGGGCGUGUUCCCCGAGCACAAGUACGAGAUCGUCAAGCGCCUGCAGGCGCGCAGGCACAUCGUGGGCAUGACGGGCGACGGCGUGAACGACGCGCCGGCGCUCAAGAAGGCCGACAUCGGCAUCGCGGUGGACGACGCGACGGACGCUGCGCGCAGCGCCUCCGACAUCGUUCUGACCGAACCGGGGCUCAGCGUCAUCAUUAGCGCCGUGCUCACGAGCCGCGCCAUCUUCCAGCGCAUGAAGAACUACACGAUCUACGCCGUCUCCAUCACCAUCCGCAUCGUGGUCGGCUUCCUCUUCCUGGCCCUCAUCUGGAAGUUCGACUUCUCGCCCUUCAUGAUCCUGGUCAUCGCCAUUCUCAACGACGGCACGAUCAUGACCAUCGCCAAGGACCGUGUCAAGCCGUCGCCGCUCCCCGACAGCUGGAAGCUGCGCGAGAUUUUUGCCACGGGCAUUUUCCUGGGCUUGUACCUGGCCUUCAUGACGGUGAUCUUCUUCUGGCUGGCCAACGACACCACCUUCUUCACUCGCGCCUUCGGCGUGAGCUCUAUCAGCAACCAGAAGGGCAAGCUCAUGUCCGCCAUCUACUUACAGGUGAGCAUCGUCAGUCAGGCUCUGAUCUUCGUGACGCGCUCCCGUAGCUGGUCCUUCACGGAGCGCCCGGGCUUCCUGCUGCUGUCGGCGUUCCUGGUGGCUCAGAUGAUCGCCACUCUGCUGGCCGUGUACAUGAGCUGGGACUACGCGUUCAUGGAGGGCCUCGAGUGGAGAUGGGCGGCCGUGGUCUGGCUCUGGAGUCUCAUCACCUACAUUCCCCUGGACCCGAUCAAAUUCGCCAUCCGCUACGGCAUCGCCGGCCAAAACCGGAGGAACGCACGUUUCCAGCCAUCGCUCUCGAUGAGCAGAGCAGCAGGCAAGCGUCUGACGAGCAAUGCCGCAUGUCAACCCAACGGCAAGACCUCAUCCUAGCCCGCUACCCAAAUCGUCACCUUGUCGGCAUUAUCGUAGACGAGCAUGAUUUCGAACGUAAUUAGAAGCAUCGGGCCUAAUUUCUCGACGCCCCUUUGGAACCAGAUACAAGAAUUGCUCUGUUUGAUCAGAUCCUUUCCUGCCUUCCCUGCCUUCCUAGCCAUCGAGCUACUACUUCGAUCCGUAGUUGACGAGUGGGAGCCCAAAUUUCAUGUGGACUUUGUGUUAGGAGCGUACAUGCUAAACUUGGGAAUGUGUACUCGGGCUUUACUAAUUACCUCGAUUGUGAGGGAUUCAGAUGCUUUUCCUAGCUGGUUAUGUUAGAGUGUGUAGAUGGGAGGAAUGAUUCUUGAUGUCGCAAGUGCUGCUGGAGCGAGCUCAGAGCUCCCAUGAAGGAUACAACAUUCAGAUACGUACUGCAUGACGAAGCACCGUAACUUGUUAGUCUCCUGACUCGAAGGCACGACCAUUGCUUUUUACGUGCGUUCCUCGAUUUUCCUCGAGUGAUUCGAUCUGGAGCCAGGAAAGAACGCAGUCUGCUCAUCCACAUGCUCCUCACGGAAAGAAAGUCGGGGUUUCUCAGUCAAACGCCAGUAGCCAUCUCUUCGACCUCGCUGAUCAUGAUUUUGUCGGCUUCAUGUCCGAACACCUCAAAAAUUCGUGUACCAAUAAAGUAGAGCACACUGUCGCACCUGGGCUGGUGCUUCCACUUCAAUUCGGAAUGUCAUGCUUCUUCUACUCGAACACAGUUAGCAGAUCCACAGUGUUUGGGAUGAUGAAUUAAACGUCGACACUCUAAUGACGAAGGGAAUCUUGUGAGUUGACGUCAAGUACACUAAUUUACGUCUAACCGAUGGAAAAGUUAUUCGAGGGUUCAUUUCAGGAUGCGAUGACUCAAAACUCCUGACGAUGGAAACUUUUGAUCGCUUGAUCUUCCUCUCGAUCCCACUGGAUUGUAAGCAGCCUUCGUUCUCCGUUGCGUUGGCAGGUUGAUCUUCCUGUCGCGAAACGUGAAGUCAUCUUUCUGUAACACAA